AUGCCAGGGAAUCAGAAACUGCGUACGAAUUGUUCGCCGACCGAUACAGUCGAAGAGACAAUGAGAAGACUGAAGAUUGAAGAUACUGGUGGCAAUGGUAGAGUGGAUGAUGACUCAGAAACUUAUCCUGAUCGACCAGGCGAACCGAAUUGCAUAUACUUUCUGAGAACAGGUUCUUGUGGGUUUGGAAGUAACUGUCGUUACAAUCAUCCCUCUACUGGUGGGCAGGUUUAUGAUGGUAAAAACACCAGUGAGUUGCCAGAAAGAGCUGGACAGCCAGAUUGUGUGUAUUAUCUAAAGACAGGCACAUGCAAAUAUGGUUCUGCAUGUAAGUAUCAUCACCCUAAGGAUAAGCCGAGUGACAUCGUGAUGAAUGCUUUGGGCCUGCCAAUGCGUCAGGGUGAAAAGUCAUGUCCUUACUACAUGAGGACUGGAUCGUGUAAAUACGGAUCUGCUUGCAAGUUCCAUCACCCUCAACCUUUUGAGGGGUCCGGAGGGUCUUCAUCUGGUACAACACCUGCAGGUGAACUCUCGGGUGCAUCAUUACCGAAGGCAACUUAUUUUGCUAAUUCUCUUCAACUUCCUCAGAGCUACAUGCCGUUAUAUGUGUCUUCACCACAAGGAUGGAAUACAUACAUGGUAGGUAUACUUUUUAUUGCUAAUGGGCAAAUUCCAGCUUCCUAUCUGCCCGAAAGGCCAGAUCAACCAGAGUGUCGAUAUUUCAUGAAUUACGGGAGCUGUAAAUACGGAUCAGACUGCAAAUAUCACCACCCCAGGGACAAGGUGUUAGCUUCAGGCACCAUUGGUCCACUUGGGCUUCCUCUUAGGCCCGGGCAAACCGUGUGUUCGUAUUACAGUUUCUACGGGCUCUGCAAAUACGGGCCCACUUGUAAAUUCGACCACCCAUUGGAAGGAUACCCUUACGCGUGCAGUGCAUAUGGCUUGAACGGGCCUCCUCUAAGCACGGUUUAUCCGGACCCAGGCCCAUAUCAGAGAAUGCCGAUGUCCGAUCCAAAAUCAUCAAAGUCGGGUGAUUGGGUCAAGAAGAAGGGCCCAACUGCUAGCAACAGCGACGAUAACAAAAAGGACGAAGCAAACGAAAAAGAUUGGCUCGAGAAGAAAGACUCUCAAGAACCGUCAUCUGAGGUUGUAAUUCAGAAUGGACUCGAGUGA